AUAAAUCGGUGUUUUAGUUCAAAAAAGUAAUAUUUACAUAUUUGAAGUAAAUAAGUUAUGUGAAUAGCUUCGAUGCGAAACCGCGAACGUAUAGUAAAGGCGACAUCACCGAAGGUGGUGUGGUGUGGAGCGAUGGUUCUCUUUCAGCCCUCUAUCCGCAGUUCAACGCGGUCCGCAGCCUUCGACGGUCGCUUGUCCGUCCGUCGCUUUCCCGCUAUUGCCAUUCACCGCGGAUUUUCGCGAUUCCAAUCGCCGAUCCGCACCUGCCAUACAUAUUUAUUCUAGUCCGCAACACCGAUCGACCACGUGUAUAUUUUUUCGAACAUUAAUUUGAAGUAAUAAGGCCUAAGUAGCUUGCGAACGUAGCUACGUGACGCUAUUAUAAAUACGGAGUGAACAGAGUGGACUAUUUAUUUUGUUUCAAUGUCAUUGGAAAUAAUUAAUUAGUUGACCGCGUGUGCAGAUUUUUCGAAACAGUAAAAGUAAUGCUUCGAAGAAAUGCAAAACAGUUGGAUUUUUUUUUAAUGUUGAAAUGCUGAAAUUAUUUCAUCGACGAGAAAAGAUUAAGACGAAAGUCAUCCAUUGUGAUUGAGAAAAAAAACGAUUCUCAUCGAAGAUGAGAAAUCAGGCGACGCUAGCAUGAUCGACAUCAGUGCGAUUAGUAUCCUGACGCUUUUCCUGAUCCUCGGUAAUCUCGAGGCAGUUACAGUCGUAAACCAUCAUCCUGAUGAUGAAUACGUCCUUGAACACGAAGUCCUUCGUAAGGACGCGCUUGCUGAAGCGAAGAAAUUGGAGAUAUAUCCUGCUGGCGUGGACAAGAGAGGAUUCAUUCCGGGAUGCAAGACUUGCACCUACUCCGAGAUGACUUACUGCAAGAAUGGCAGCAUCAUCAAUGACCAUUGCUGCUGCGACGGCAGCUUCAACAAAGUGUUUCCCUUUGUCGAGCACACUUGUCGCGUGGGACCAGAGGAAUGCAAGGUGCAUGCUGGCGACUGCGCGGAAUACACGAGACUGCGGGAAUGCUGUUGCCAUUCGUACUUGGCCUCCGUCUGGAAAUACUUGGCGAGUGGUGUAGAAUCACGGGCCAAUAUGAAAUUCACGAAAUUCGUGAUGAUUCUAACAAUUCUCAGGUUACAUCUAUUGUUGACCUAAAGCUCACAGCACCAAAAAUUUUGUAUAUUAUUUUAAUAAAUUGUUUUUAUCAAAAAGGAUUGGUAAUUCUUUGCAAUUUGAUAAGAAAUGUCUUCAAUUUUAUACUUAAAUUAAGAAAUAAAUGUAUAGAAUUCUAAAUAUUUAUUAUACACAUUUAUGUAAAGCAAACAAAAUUAGAACAAGAAAAGCGACAUCAUUAUUUUUUAAUACAAUUUUUCAACAAACAUUCUUUAUGAAACAAAUACAAAUUGAUGUAAUAAAUUGUAUAUAUGCAAAUAA